AUGAGGCCGAAAGCUAAGGGCGAAAUGCGUUCAUUUUAUGAAUGUCAAAACUCUCCAUCUUUGACAAUGUUAACGAGGCCCGAGAAUGCAAAUCAAAUGGAUACUGCAAUGGUUGAUCCUUGGAUUGAGCAAACAUUAGCCAAAGGAGUUUUGGGUCUUCAACAAGAAUUUGCCGAUCUCACUGGCACCGUAGAUCCCACACUGAUGAAAUCGUUCUUUCAGAACACUUCAACUGGUCGUAACAGAUAUCGGGUGAGAUGUUAUGUAGUGUAA